CUCCCGGAUAAAACCCUUGGCGGCGACUGCUCCAGCCUCGGAAAACCAAAGCUUUCAACCAUGGCGGAUCUGGAGACGGAGGCUGCGCCGGCCGGAGUCCCAAAGAAGAGAACAUUCAAGAAAUUUAGUUUCCGAGGAGUUGAUUUGGAUUCUCUCCUUGAUAUGUCCACCGAUGAGCUUGUCAAGCUCUUCCCUGCUCGUGCUCGUAGAAGGUUCCAGAGGGGUCUCAAGAGAAAGCCCAUGGCUUUAAUCAAGAAGCUUCGCAAGGCGAAAAGGGAAGCCCCACCCGGUGAGAAGCCAGAACCUGUUAGAACCCACCUGCGUAAUAUGAUCAUUGUACCUGAAAUGAUUGGAAGCAUUAUUGGUGUGUACAAUGGCAAGACAUUCAAUCAAGUCGAAAUCAAGCCUGAAAUGAUCAGCCAUUAUCUGGCCGAGUUCUCUAUUUCAUACAAGCCGGUUAAGCACGGUAGACCCGGUAUUGGUGCUACCCACUCUUCCAGGUUCAUUCCUCUUAAAUGACAUCGUUUGCUUGCAGCUUGGAUACUUUUUUUAAAUCUUGUAUUGUAUGAAGAGAUAUUUAUGUCGAUCACAUUUUGAUUGUUGCAACUUGGUUAUUUUAAUUAAUGACAUUAUUUGCUUUCGGAUAAUAUGUUAAAAUUUGGGACUUAGUCU